CAUAAAUGAGCAACCAGACGCCAACACACACCUAAUCAUAGCACAAAGUGAUAGAGAAGCGGCUGCCGGGAGGAACACAACAUGCGGAUACUUUUUCUUGUAGCUGCCUUAGCUGCAUUAUCACAGGCCCAAACUGACUGCUCACGGGGAGCUUGCUACCCACCCAGCAGCGACCUGCUCCUGGGCAGAUCUCACAAGCUCCAUGCCACUUCUACCUGCGGCCUCACCGGCUCCGAGGUCUACUGCACUCCAUAUCAUCUGGGGAGGAUGAAGUGUUGUCCAUGUGACUCCAGGAACCCAAACGGUCCUCUGGCCCACACUCUCCAGGAAGUCCUGUCCUCCUCUGAACCAGACAGAUGGUGGCAGUCCAGGAAAGAGGUCAGCCCUGUCAGCCUGCAGCUGGACCUUGACAACCUGUUCCAGCUCGACAACCUGAUACUUAGCUUCAAGGGUCCCCGGCCCAGUGCCAUGGUUAUAGAGCGGACUCUAGAUAAUGGCAAGACAUGGAAGCCCGCCCUUUACUUAGCUACUGACUGUCAGGAGACUUUCCCUGAUGUCCCCACAGCAACACCUCUCACCCUGGAUGAGACGUAUUGCCACACACUGACCCCUACUGGAGAAAACCCCUACCAAGACCACACAAUUGAGUUCAGUCCUUUGCGUCAGUAUGCUUACGUUCCAGCUCCCAAAAACCAAAAAAUUGAAGAUGUCGCUGGGUUAACGGGGCUGAGGGUGAAACUGGCCGAGCUGGGGGAUGUCCCACGUCAACCAGGCAGAGCUCUCAGUAGGUUUUUUGCCCUGAAGGAGAUGAGGGUGAUGGGCAGCUGUAUGUGCCAUGGACAUGCCAAUCGGUGCCUGCCAGAUACCGCCGACGACCCACAGUCCAAUACCAUACAAGUGAAUCCUCAGUGUGACUGCCAGCAUAACACAGCAGGAAUGAACUGUGAGCGCUGUGAUGAUCUCUACAAAGAUCUGCCCUGGAGACCUGCAGAGGAGGGCAACACUCAUGCCUGCAAACGCUGUGAGUGCAACAACCACUCCCAGCGCUGUCAUUUUGACCAGGCGGUGUAUGAGGCCAGUGGACGGAAGAGUGGAGGUGUGUGCGAGGCUUGUCAGCACCACACCACCGGACCAAAGUGUGACCAAUGUGCUCCAGGUUACCAACGAAACCCCCGCAGCAGAAUUGACCAGCCUGAUGCCUGUGUUCGCUGUAUCUGCAAUGUUGAGGGGACAGUGAAUGGUGGUCGGUGUGACGACAGCUCAAGCUCAUGUCAGUGUAAAGUGAACGUGGAAGGUACUCGUUGUGACCGAUGUAAGAGAGGCUUCUUUGGCUUGAGUGACUCCAACCCUCUGGGAUGCACCAAGUGUUCCUGCUCUCUCGACGGCUCCCUGUCAGACGUCUGUGACCCGCUGACCGGCCAGUGUCUCUGUCGUCCCCACUUUCAUGGUCAAACCUGUGACGUGUGUUCAAAAGGCUACUGGAAACCAGUUGGGUCAGGACACUGCGAACCCUGUGACUGUGACUCCACCAGAUCAUACAGUGAUACUUGUGACCAGGUGACAGGCCAGUGUCAGUGUAGGCCAGGUUUUGGAGGCCAAAAAUGUACAGAGUGCCCAGAGAACACAUACGGAGACCCUCUCACUCGCUGCAAACCGUGUCUGUGUGAUACAGAUGGAACCCUCCCAGGGGUUUGUGACAAGAAAACAGGAGCCUGUUUGUGUCGGCCGGGUGUCACCGGGCCUCGCUGUGACUCCUGCAGUCGAGAUCACUGUGACUCCUUCCCUGCCUGCGAGAGAUGUCCUUCCUGCUUCUUCACCCUGGAUGAACAGAGACGAAACAUCAGCUUGGCUUUGGAGAGACUCUCCCCAAGAUUGCCCUCACGUCCUGGAGGUGACGUUGAUCUUGGAGGAGACUACGGGCCUCGAAUCCGGACAAUGGAGUCCAAACUGAAACAGAUCAAGGAUUCCAUUGUUCUUCCACCAAGUAUUACUGAGCAGAUUGAAACUGCACUGUCCAAGCUGCACCAGCUAGGUGACCAGGUGGACAAGAUUGAUGAGGACCUUGCACCCCUGCCAAAAUCUCCAGGUCUGAACAAAGAGCUGGACAAGCUGCAGGCUCUGCUGGACAGCCUCAACCUGUUGUACAAAGACAAGAAGAGUACAAUGGAUAACACAGUCAGUCCCAACACUACAGGAGCUUUUACUGCUAUCAAGAAUGCCUAUGAUGAGUCGACAGGUGCUGCUAAGAAAGUAAAUGACACUGAAAACACGGUGAAGGAGUCCGCUGAUGUCAGAAAAGACACUAAGGAUCUUCAGAACAAAGUGCAGCCAGCCAACACCAGAGAUUUGAACAAGCUGAAUGAGAAGAUGGCUUCCCAGCCUGACCUCACACCUGUUGCCAAAAAGGUGUGUGGCAGCGAUCGCUCAGAGCCCUGCACCCCGCUAAAGUGUGAGGGAGGGGCGUUGUGUCCAGUGGAUGGAGCCCCAACUUGUGAAAAGGGGAAACAGUGUGUGGGCGCUCUGCCACUGAGCAAGAGAGCGACGGAUGAUGCUAAGGACGCGAAGGACCGACUGGACAAGCUCUCUGCAAAGAUCACAGAUGCUGCAGAGAAGCUCCAGGAUACACAGGACACAACCAAUCAGGUGAGAGAGUCUGCAGAGAAGCUGUCCAAUAAGAUGAAGCAGACCAGAGACGAGAUAGAUGACGACUUAAAGGAGACGAGAGAUGUUGUGAAAGAGCUCAAAGACUUCCUGUCAGACCCUUCCUCUAACCUGACCCAAAUCCAGAAUGUGAGCGACUGGAUCCUGAAAGCCAAGCUGCCUCUCAACCUGGCUGCUCUGAAGAGGAAACUGGAUGAGCUGAAGAACCUGGCAGCUAAUCUGCCGGACAGCACGGCUGUGCUGAAGGAGGCUGAGCCACAGCUGGAAAUAGCAAAGAAACUGCUGAAGGAGGCCCAGGACGCCAGGGACAAAGCACUGAAAGUCAAGGGCGAUGUGGAUGGGCUGCUGCCGGGGUUGGGCUCAGCAGAGGACUCCCUCGCUGACCUGGAGGACAAACUGAAGGACAGUUUGUAUCUCAUAGACAACCUGAACAACAACCUGACUAAGGUCCAUGAGCAGCUGACCCCAGCAGAGAAGACUCUGGAUGAUAUUUCCACAAUGAUAAAUCCCAUGAAACCUCAACUGGUCCAGCUGAAAGACCUGCUGCAGAAUGGAGACAAGGAGGCCCAGGACGCACUGGAAGACGCAGACAAAGCUGAGGAUGAAGCGGAGGCUGGAAAUAAGGACCUGUCGUCCCUGGAGAAACAGCUGGCACUUCUUAAAGACAAGAUUCCAGCCACUGGCACUGGUGGAGAGGCGGGUUCACCCGGGGAACGACUGACGAAGCUGCAGCAGGAUGCUGGAGCUCUGGGCAACACCACAGCAGACAUGAUAAAGGAUCUUGACGGUAAGGCAGAUUCCCUGAGAGGGCUUCAGGAUCAGGUCCUUCAGAAGUCAACAAAGUUGGAAGGACUGGAAGAUAAGGUCAAAAAGCUUUUGUCCCAACUUCGAGAGAAAGCCGACGACCUGAGCACCUGUCGGGGCUGAGAGCUGCCGAACAUGAGAGGCUUUUCAUACCAGCACUUCAAACUACAGUAUCUUCACACUUCACACCUCCUGCUGUCACAUACAGUCUCCUCCCCUAACACUGGAACACUGCUUUAACUCUUCUCUGUGACAUAAUGCAUCACCUCUGGCAGUCAAAGGAUUGCGGUUUGAAGGAUAUUGGAUGGAUGGUUCAGGGAGUAAAUUACGUCUUUUCUUUUUUGAAAUGACUCCUGGAAUGUACUAAGUACUAAAGAUCAAGUAAGUGGAGGUUCUCUACUAAAUAUCAAUAUAACACGUGUGGAGAGGGUUAUCCAUGUGUGUAAAAACCUUCUAAAAGCAGUUUUAACAGUAUAAAUAAAUGAUAAACAGUCUAUUUACAGUAUAUAGCACCUUUCCAGUCUUUUCAACCACUUAAAGCACUUUACAGUUUUGCCACCUACCUGUUCACACCCAUUCAAAUGCAACUAUUGUAUUAUGCAGCAUUUUGUUUCCCACCAUACAUUCACCACACACUGCUCGCGCAGGCAUCAGGUGCAGAGUGCAGUUCAGUUUCAUGCCCAAGAACAGUUCGGCACAUGGACAAGAAAAGCCAGGGAUCAAACCACCAACCUUUUGGUUAGUGGACAAAAUAGUUUUGAAAGCCACACCAGCCCAACUAUAUUGUCCAUAUUUGUUUUAAUUUUCAUAAUCUAGCUCAUUUCACAGCAUGUGGCUUGUUUGUGGCAGCUCUGCAAGAACCAAAGCAUGUUUUUGUGAUAUAUUCCUCAGCAAUGAAUGUGUUUCAUGUUUUCUCUGUUGUUUGUAUAAAAGUAUUUAAAUAAAAGCUUGUUUACUACA